UUGACUCUUCUCCGCCUGGCGGCGACCAGGUGUGGGCAGGGCCGAGGCUCAUGGGGCGGGGUCAGCCUCGGGCAGGGACCCCGCGAAGCAACUAGCUGCCCGAAACGGGACGGAAGGGUGUCUGUGGCGCUGGUCCACGCGCAGCGAGGUGCUUCAGAAAAUCCCCUGUGACCUGGCUGUGCUGCCUAGUCCUCUCUGACACAGAAGGAGAGCCUGAUGGCAUCUGAGAUGUAGGGCAGACUUGGCCCUGCCACCCCUUGAAGCUCCCUGCCUACUUCUAGUAUGGCCCCUGAGCCUGGCCAUGAGUCUGAAGAGGAACAGGUUCCCCUGGCCCUGGCAGGAGGGAAGCCAUUUGGAAAUGACUCAGGGCCUCCAGCCACCAUACCUACAGACACCACGGCUUCCUCAUGCUCCAGAAAUACCAGGCCCCCCUCCAUGGGGGUGGGCUCCACCAGCAUACAGUUGGCACCUGAAGCCCUGGACCCCUGUACUCUACGGCUUCUGUGGGAGCAGCGAGAACUAGAGAUCCAGGCCCUGCGGUGGGCCAUCCAUCAUGGCAAGCAUGCCCGGCACCAGCACAUCCUGCAGGAGGUAGCAGGACUUCCACCUGAGAGGAGCUCCCACAGCCAGGAUGCAUUCCUGCAGAAUCAGGUCCAGAAGCUGACUCUGGAGCUGAGAGCACAGAAGGAACAAGCCCAUCUGGAGAGGGAGUUCUUGAAGGUGCAGUUAGCACAGGCCACAGAUAAGCUGCAGCAGCUGGAGGCUGAGCUGCAAGCCUUCCAGAAGUCCUGCCUCCUGCAUCUGGCCCAAUCCUCCUGGGUGGGGCGCGUCCUGCGGUCACAGACUGGCAGUGUAGAGGUGAUCACUGCAGAGACUCUAAUAGAGUCUGAGGACUCCUCUGAGGACAAUCGGGAGCCCACUGCUGGAGAGGGAUUCCGGCUGGAGGAUGUGGAUUGGAACAGCAUUGCUCAGCGGUACCCUAACCUCCUCACCAGCAUCCAUUCCAGCUCAGACCGAAAGCAGCUGCGGCUGCCCUCAGGCUUGGACUCACCAGGCUCGGACUCUCCCCGCAAGCUUGUGGAGAGGCAGCACAAAAGCCUGGAGUGGAGCACUCUGCCCUGUGCAGGCACCAGCAGCUCAGGGGGUGCAGACUCGGACUCCAGCAGCUGCCAGCUGGUCCUGCAUCCCCGGGUGCAAAGGGUGAUAGGGCACCCACCACCGGCAGUAGACACGGCCUCCUCUGAGCAGACUGCAGUGUUGGCAAAGAGUUUCAUCAGAGACUCCCAAGAUAACCAGAAAUUCGGUUCCCAUCCAUUUGGCCAGACCUUGCUGGAGCCGGUCCCAGACCUUUGCCACUGGGACACAGGGCAUGCAGCAAGCCGGGCCGGUGGCAGCCUGCAGAUCGUGGCUGUCAAUCAACGGGAGAAGUUCGUGCGCAUCAUCAAUCGCUCGUCACAGGACGCUGCAGACUUGGGCGGCUUGGUGUUGCAGCAGCGAGUACAUGACUGCCCGGUGCGCAUGUUCCGCUUCCCGCGCGGCACGGUGCUGGAGCCACAGCACCACCUCACGGUAUGGGGCGAAGGUACUGGCGGUGUCCAGCAGCAUCCACCCUUUUCCUCUGGCCAGGACCCUCUCCGAUUUCACUGUAGCCGGGUCUGCGUGACGCUCCUCCUGGACUCUGAGGGCCAGGUCCUCAGUGAGUACCAGGUACCACUCCGUGUGACUUCAGGCUCAGACGUCUUCACGGACAACACUGACUGGUCCAUCGACCGCUUCCCACUUCCUGAGGCCAGGGCUGGAGCCCUCACCAGAGAGCCCAAGAACCAACCUCGGCCCCCGAGCCAGGGCCGGGUGCAGGAGGCCAGAGCUGGACGCCGGAGGCCAGGGUCACGGCACCUUAUGCCACUCCUGAGUCUCCGGAAGCCUGUCCAUGUGCGGGAGGGGCCAACGCGGCUCCCAGGCACCAAGUUCGCUACAAUGCCGGGCUCCCUGCCUACCAUCCCGGAGGCGGCAGAGGUGGCGCGGAACUUGGAGCUUGGUGCGCCAGGGAAGGAACGCGAUGUCUGCGUAUGCCGGAGAGGUGUGGACCUGGGCUGCCCCAUGGUGGCCCUGUCUGUGCAGAGCACAGCUGAGAGCCGGUUUGGUUUCCGAUUCCUAUGCUGCCCGCCCAUUACCGCUGAUGUUCACCAACGCCUGUGGAGGGUGUAGACUACCCAGGGAUCCGGCUGCAUU